AUGGCCUUUAAACCAAACGAUCUGAAUUAUAUCAAAAAUACGAUUUCUAUAUUCAAAUAUGGCUCAACCCUUCGUUGUCCUAAGGCCUUAAAAUAUAGAAUGCAUGAUUUUUUAGUAAUUAUAAAUGGUGGAGAUGAUCCAGCCAUAGAGUGGCAUUAUGAAUCAUUUAGAAAAUGGCCUGAACAUUAUACAAUACUCAGUAAAUUGAGUACAAAUAAAAUUGCUAGGCUUCAAAGAUUAAUAUACAGUUGUCCAAUUUUUUAUAAUUCUCUAAUAAAUAGCGAGAAUAAGUUAAUUAAAUAUGGUGUAGUUAGUUAUGAUCAAUUUGAGAAGAAUCUUAUACAUUGGCCAUCUUCUUUUUUACCUGGAAGAUUUCAUAAAGUAAUUUGCCCAUUAAGUAACAUACCUUUACAAUUGCUAAAUAUAAUAAAUCUAAACAGAAUGCAAGCACUCAAACUAUCAAUCCUUUCUUUAUUAAAAUAUGAUUAUUCAAUAUCAUCAGAGGGAAUAAAGUUACUAUUUUCGGAUAAUUCAUUAAAAUAUUUAGAUAAAAAUUAUUUUUUAGAUGAAAGACCUAAUGAUACAUAUGAGAUAUCUCUAAAUAAUAUUUUAGAGAAGAUCAUAUCAAUAUCAUAUUAUGGUGAUAUAAGAUGCUUAACCAAUGAUGCUUACAAGAAAGCUGUUACUAAAGAGUUAGAGGGAUCUCUUCCAUAUUUAUUUUCUGUUUAUUUCCCCCUAAUUGUUGAGCUAUCUAAAAUUAGUAGUGGAAAUUUAAAUUUGAAUUCCCCUAAUUUAAGUAGUAUUGAUAAGUUAAAAGAUCUGGCUAAAAGUAUAACUUCUGCAUUAGAAAAUGAGGUUACAAAAGAUGGCUUGGGUGGAAUGAAUACAAAGAUAAAGGAAUCUAAAGAAUGGUUUGAAUUUCAUAGAAUUUAUAAUGAUACUAAUCCAUCAAUAAUGUGCAAUAACAAUCCAGUGUGGAUUAAAAAAACAUUUGAAUCAUUACCUGACAAUAUAAUUUCUCUAUGCUGUAAAAAAGCUGCCGCUCGGAGACUAAGAAUGCUAAGUCCUUUAAAAUUACUUUCAAAGAAUUAUAUCCAAACUUCAAGACUUGAUGCUACAUUGCCAUGGGAAGGCGAUGUGAUAGCUAAUUGUAUUUAUUAUUGGAAUCUACGCAGCUCAAUUAUUGGCUUAUUACUUGGAAUCCCUUCUAAUAUAGGAAAGCUUGUAAGUUAUAACUAA